ACAAGAUGGCCGAUUACUUUCAAGAAAGUACAGCGAUGUAACCCCGACAACAUCCUUAAAACAGACGUGCUUCAGGAACUGAAGAAUCAGCGUCGAAUCGAUCAGGAGGCAGUUUAUUAUCGCAAAGAGGGGCAAGAGAAAAAGAAAGCAGACUUGAUAGAUGAUGAAGUAUUACUUCAUAAGACAGAAAGUAGAAUUUCUAUUUAAGAUUCACUUCUUUGGCAAGAGAGAAUGCAUUUAGGUCUUUCAGACAAUAACAUGAACUUGAUAGCCCAUCACAGCAGAUAUGCAGUGCCCUCAACCCUGCACAAAGUUGCAUGCAUCUGGAGGGUAUUACCUUCUGUUAUACUCAAGACUUUUAUACCUCAUCAAUACAUUGUGACAAAAAACAGCUCAAAUUUUUCAUUGUAUUCAUCAUUCAAAUCUGCGAGUACCCAAAGUAAAGGGAUGCAGCCACAGAAUUGUUUACUGUCACAGGAUCACCAACAGUUGACAGGAAUACCAUCGUUUUAUUUAAGAGAAAAAGAGGUAAAUGAGAAGAUUAAGUCCAAGCACACAGUUCAAGAUCAGUUGGAAUUUUAUCAGUCAUGGAAAGAUCAGAAGUCUUUAGUGAACAGCAUAACAGCACUUCAUAUGAUCGCUAAAAUUGUCAAGAAAAACCAGAGAGAAAGAGCGAUUUUGCAGAAAGAAAGAGACAAGGCAAUGAAUGGUACAAAAAGUGCAUACCAUGAGGUCUUAGAUUUUAUUUCUGAUCAGAUUAUUUCCUGUAAAGGGCAAGGUCUAUCGAAUGUCAUGUGGUCCUUAGGAGUAAUUGAAGAAAAAGACCACCACCUGGGUAAGGUUUGUGAGGAAGAAAUUCUAUCGCGCGAUAUAACUGCCUUUCACCGAGCUGAGGUCUGUUGUCAGAUUCUGCCGGGAUGUGUUGGCUUGGAACUCAAACACUCGCUAGUUUUUAAACGCGUUGAGGAAGCCAUAUUGGCUGAGAAAAUCAAGUUGCAUCUUUGUGAAAAUCGCCAUAUUUGCGCCAUCUUGUCUUGUUUUACCGAGGUUGGUUGCGGAAGUUUAGAAUUAUUUGAAAAAUUACAGGCUAACAUUGUGGAGAGAGAUUUUAGUUCGUUGCUCGUUGAACACCUUGAUCAGAUCUUGCACUGUUUUGCCAUCAAGGGCAUCUUCUCUGAUCAGUUAUUCAGCCAAGCAGAAGAAGAAAUUCUGCUAGAGGGGUGCGGUAAUUUUCGGAUGAUAGAACUCGUGAGCAUUCCACGCGCGUUUGCAAUUGCGGGUAGUGGAAGAGAACAACUCUUUGCAGCUUUCGAGGAAGAAAUCUGUCGAAAACGAAUCAAAUAUUUCCCAUUAUCUUGCCUAUGUUGGAUCACUUGGUCUUUUGCCAUAAGAGGUUUCACGCAAAGUAUGGUGUUUAAAUAUGCCGCUCACGCGAUCUACAAUCGAGGGGUGAAAAAUCUCAAAAAUAGUGGCCUUUCGCUGUGUCUGUAUUCUUUCGUGUUGGCGGAAAGUCCUUCACGAGUUUUCGUAAAGGAAUUAGGAAAAGAGCUUCUUUCUAGAGACUUGAGAAUUUUCAAGGGUACCCAGCUGUGUCAACUGAUGUGGGCUUGUUCAAAAGCCGAGUAUUUAAACCCAGAAUUACUUCAACGUUUGGAGGAAGAGAUUCUCCAACGGAACUUGACACAGAAAGAGGAAACCAUAUUAUCUGAAAUUUUAGGCAACACUGCUAAGGAAGACAAAAAUCCGCCUCCAUAUUUGCGUGAACUAUGUAUUUCAUCAAUAUAGACAGCUGUUUGUAUAAGUUCUUUUAUUGAAGAGAAACAAUUAACCUCCAGUAAAUGUUAUUACAUGUGGUCUGAGGAAAAAUA